GUAACCCACGCCAGAUGCGUAAAGCUUCGAUCUACUAAGCUUGAACUGGGGCCCCUGGAUUAUUAUUUUUUUUUUCGGCGCCGAAAACCCGCCCAGUCCAUUUCCUCUCUCCCAAAAAGAAAUCGCCGCCAACCAAGGAGAAGAGAUAACACAAGGGAAGAAAAAAGCACCUGUGCAUGUAUAUAUAGCCAACAGAAGCUGUAAAUCAUGAGCAAGUUUGGCGCCAUGGUCAUGGGCCCUGCGGGGGCGGGCAAGUCCACCUUCUGCGCCGCCCUCAUCACCCAUCUGCAGCUCAACCGCCGGUCGGCCUUUUACAUCAACCUCGACCCCGCCGCCGAGUCCUUUGAGCACACGCCCGACCUCGACAUCAAGGAGCUCAUCUCCCUCAAAGAUGCCAUGGAGGAGGUGGGCCUGGGCCCCAACGGCGGCCUCAUCUACUGCUUCGAGUUCCUCAUGGAGAACCUCGACUGGCUGACCGAGGCGCUGGACUCGCUCACCGAAGAGUACCUCAUCAUCAUCGACAUGCCCGGCCAGAUCGAGCUGUACACGCACAUCCCGAUCCUGCCCACCCUGGUCAAGUUCCUGUCGCAGUCCGGCGCCCUGGACAUCCGGCUCGCCGCCGUCUACCUGCUCGAGGCGACGUUUGUCGUCGACAGGGCAAAGUUCUUCGCCGGUACGCUCAGCGCCAUGAGCGCCAUGCUCAUGCUCGAGGUGCCCCACAUCAACGUCCUGUCCAAGAUGGACUUGAUCAAGGACCAGGUCAAGAAGAAGGAUCUCAAGCGCUUCCUGACGCCCGACGUAGCCCUCUUGGACGACGACCCCUUAGAGCGUAGCAGGAGGAUCACCGAAGGGCCGGAGGGCGAAGAUGACGAGUCUGUCCCGCCCGACGAGAAGAGCCAAGUGAUGAAGGGCGCCAGCUUCCGCCGCCUCAACAGGGCUGUGGCCGGUCUCAUUGAGAGCUUUAGCAUGAUUAACUACCUCAAGCUAGACGUCACGGACGAAGACAGCGUGGGCGGGAUCCUCAGCCACAUUGACGACUGCAUCCAGUAUCACGAAGCUCAAGACCCCAAGGAGCCCGACGACGAGCAAGAGUACGACGAGGCAGAUUAAGAUGUAUGCAUUGGAUUGGAAAAGUAAAAAAACAAAAUGGAUAUCAAUAGGGUAACAAAAAGUGGCUUUAGAUAGGUUCAUAUGUUGGGAGCAUAAUGCAUAGCGACGGCGUUUUGUGGUUUGCAAAAAACAGGAGGUAUAACUGAUCGAUCCCGUUGAGCUGCAUCUUGAGAAACAAAUUAAAGAAAUGCAAAAAAAAAGAUAAUAAUUCAUCCAUCCAAAAAAAUAACAAAAACACCCGUGAUCGAAGACGCGCUGUCGCCUUUGCCGUUAUCAACUUCUCGUAUCGUCCCCCCCCCC